AUGACGACCGCUCGCUCCACGGUGGCGGCGCUCAUGGCCGCCGUCCUGGUGGCCUCGACCCUCUUCCAAGCCGCCGCCGCCGGCCAAUGCGACCCCCAGAAGGACCUCUACAUAUGGCAGAGCCUCGGGGAGCCCCAGAGCGACGGCUCGUCGGAGUACAGGGUGACCGUGACGAACCAGUGCGGCGGCGACGAGCGGACCGGCAGGCCCUGCGACAUCUCGAAGAUCCGCCUGCGGUGCGGCAACUUCCGCUCCGUGAUCCCCGUCGACCCCACGGUGCUCCGCGUCGUCAGCCAGGGCGUCUGCCUCCUCGCCGACGGUCACUCUAUCCCGCAGGGCCGCAACGUCUCCUUCGUCUACACCAGCUACGUGCGCAACAACCUCUACGUCAUCUCCGCCAUGUCCACCUGCACCACCGCCUAG